AUGCCAAUCAUAACUGCAGCUCCUACAACCUCUACAACUUCAGCACCCACUACGUCAUUCACAACUGCAGCUCCUACUACCAUUUUACAUUCUUCGACAACAACAACAACAUCCACUACAACAACUGUAGCUCCUACAAUGUCAAUCUCAACUGCAGCUACCACGACCACUACAACUGCAGAAGCCCCUACAACAACAACUGUAGCUGCUUCCACAACUACUAAUGCAUCCCCUACUGCAACCACAACUGAAGCUCUCUCUACAAAAACUGUAGCACCAACGACAUCAGCAACAACAGUCCCUACGACAACUGCAGCUAAUACCUCAACUGAAGCUCAUUCAAUGCCAAUCACAACUGCAGCUCCUACAACAACAAAUCUUGCUCCUAUAACCUCUACAACUUCAGAACCCACUACGUCAUUCACAACUGCAGGUCCUACUACCAUUUUACCUCCUUCGACAACCACAACUGUAUCACCUACGACAACCACAACUACAUCCACUACAACAACUGUAGCUCCUACAAUGUCAAUCUCAACUGCAGGUCCUACUACCAAUUUAACUCCAAUGACAACCACAACUGAAGCUCCUACAGACAUCACAACUGUAGCUCUUAUGACCCCCACAACUGCAACUUCAACUACAACUGUAGCAUCACCUACAACAACAACUGCAGGUGCUUCCACAACCACAAGUGCAGCACCUACUACAUCAAUCCCAACUGCAGGUCCUACUACCAAUUUAACUCCAAUGACAACCACAACUGAAGCUCCUACAGAAAUCACAACUCUACCACGACCACUACAACUGCAGAAGCCCCUACAACAACAACUAACCCACUACGUCAUUCACAACUGCAGGUCCUACUACCAUUUUACCUCCUUCGACAACCACAACUGUAUCACCUACGACAACCACAACUACAUCCACUACAACAACUGUAGCUCCUACAAUGUCAAUCUCAACUGCAGGUCCUACUACCAAUUUAACUCCAAUGACAACCACAACUGA